AUGAGCAUCUCCGACAACAAUAUGAACAGUGCGUCGCACUCCGUUCACAUGCCCCAGCUCUCAGGCCCCAUCCACAAGACCAGCAACAACAACAACAAUAACAUCCCUUCGCAAGACGUAACUCCGUCUCAAGCCAACACAUACCCAGAAUGGUCGUCCGGCGAGUCAAGAGCAGCAUCAUCUGGCGCAGACGAUGAACCAUCCUACACUUCCACUCCAGUCGACUCCAAGGGUUCUAAAGAAAGCGGAAACACACUGAGUGCAUAUGACCGUGACACCUACCUGUCUCCUUCUAGCUCAUCGAGCAGGAGCCGAAGCACAUCGAGAGGUGCCUAUGAUGUGCACCGCGUCAGCCAGGAUGGCAGAGCUUCUGGAUUUCCCGAGGACUCGGAAGCGAAGCACCGGAAGCUGAUUGACAAGAUUAUGGGCCACAAGCUUGCACCGAGCUUCUUGCAGUAA